ACGGAGAAGAAGGCGGAAAGGAGGGCGCGCGUCCGGGUCGGCAGGCCAGGGGCGUGGUGGGGCGGGGCCCGGCAUGGUAACGGCUCGGAGGCCGAGGAGGCUUGGCCGCAAGAAGGCGGAGGAACCGGUGAUUGCCGCCGCUGCCGCUCCCGCCAGUUCCGUGUGGCCCCCGCGGGCUCCGCUUCAGCCAUGAUGAUCCACGGCUUCCAGAGCAGCCACCAGGACUUCUCCUUCGGGCCUUGGACGCUGACGGCGUCCAAAACCCACAUCAUGAAGUCAGCGGAUGUGGAGAAGUUAGCCGAUGAGUUGCAUAUGCCGUCUCUUCCUGAAAUGAUGUUUGGAGACAACGUUUUGAGAAUCCAGCAUGGCUCUGGCUUUGGGAUUGAGUUCAAUGCUACAGAUGCAUUAAGAUGUGUAAACAACUACCAAGGAAUGCUUAAAGUAGCCUGUGCUGAAGAGUGGCAGGAAAGCAGGACGGAGGGUGAACACUCCAAAGAAGUUAUUAAACCAUAUGAUUGGACCUAUACAACAGAUUAUAAAGGAACGUUACUUGGAGAAUCUCUUAAGUUAAAGGUUGUACCUACAACAGAUCAUAUAGAUACAGAGAAACUGAAAGCAAGAGAACAGAUUAAAUUUUUUGAAGAAGUUCUCCUGUUUGAGGAUGAACUGCAUGAUCAUGGAGUUUCAAGCCUCAGUGUGAAAAUUAGAGUAAUGCCUUCUAGCUUUUUUCUACUACUGCGGUUUUUCUUGAGAAUUGAUGGGGUACUUAUCAGAAUGAAUGACACAAGGCUUUACCACGAGGCUGACAAGACCUACAUGCUACGAGAAUAUACAUCACGGGAGAGUAAAAUUGCUAAUUUAAUGCAUGUUCCACCUGCCCUCUUCACGGAACCUAACGAAAUAUCACAGUAUUUACCAAUAAAGGAGGCAGUUUGUGAGAAGCUAAUAUUUCCGGAAAGAAUUGACCCUAACCCUGCAGACUCACAAGGAGUUACACCUGUGGAGUAGAAUGUGAUGCACCUGUACACCUACUGUGGAAUCUGAAUGGACAUGGUGGCUAUUUGUAGGGUGAUAUUUUUGUUAAUGAGAAUUAAUUUACUUGCUCAUGUGCAGAUUUUCUGUAGCCUUAAAGGAAAAAAAAAUAAAAAUUUGUUGCAGGCAGGUUCCAC